AUUUUCCUUCGCUUCUCCAUCUUUAUUCUUAUUGAUGACAAGCCUGAUAUGAAAUCUUAUAGAAGAACACGCGAUUCUUAUCGUAGAGAUGUUGAAAAGCAUGAACCUUCUAGUCAGGGACCUAUGAUACUUGAACGUAGAAAUGUGAAAGGAGAAACAACUCGACAAGCUUUAUAUAAUCCUGAGAAAUCAAAAACGAAUAUUAAAGUAUUACAAGCAACUACUCCGGUCAUUCAACAACAACAUUCAACUUUUCGACCUUCUGUGAAAAAACAACAAACAACAAUAUCGUCCAAUUGGGAAGAUAAUGAUACUUCAACAACAACAAUACAACAACAACAAGAAGAAGAAGAAAGGAAAUCACGUACUUCUUAUAUACCAUUUUUCCGACGUGGUGAACAGUUUCAUACUGAAAGCAUUAAUAAGGUUUUAACAGAUAGUCCUGGUCACUUUGUGGUUGGCAUAGUUGGACAGCAAGGUGUUGGCAAAUCAACUAUUCUUUCUUCUUUUACAGAACAAUCAACAAAUGCCUUUCCGACACAAUCAAAGGAUUUGUUUCUAGCUCAUGGUCAUAAAACAUCAGGCAUUGAUAUGUAUAUAUGUCCUGAAAGAAUGAUUCUUUUGGAUACAGAGCCCAUUCUCUGUUGGUCUGUAUUGGAAAAAGCAAUUCGACAUCAUUUGACAGAUGGAUUAUCUCUAGACUUGUGGUUAGAAAUGGAGGCAUUAUAUAAUCUAGUGUUUCUUUUAUCUGUAUGUAAUGUGGUCAUGGUAGUUCUCACUGGCACUGAUAUUGAUGUUGAAAUGAUACGGUGUCUUCAACGUGCAGAAAUGCUCAAAUUUCAUCUACCUGAUUUUCCACUGAUUCCUCCUAGCAAUUUUGGUCAAACUCACCAUGAUAUGAAUUACUAUUCUGAUAUUGUGUUUAUAUGCAACAAGUGCCAAAAUGAAGACUUUACAUUAUCCAAGUACAAAACUAUGCAAUCUAUUCUUACUAAUUCAUUUUAUGAAUCCCAAUUGAAAACCAAAGGAAUUGGGUCUCUUGGCAAGAUAUUACCAGGUUAUCAAGAACAAGGUGAUGGUGAAGAAAAUCUUAAUCUCUACUUUUUACCAUUUAGCAAACACUUGUGUACAUCAUCAGACAAGGAUAAUGUUGAUGAAACAUUUCAAAUGGUGAUUACCAGUAUGCGGGAUCAAAUCAUGGCAGCUCCACGACGACCUGGUAAAAAAGGACAAGUAUCAGAGAAAGAAUGGUUUAGAAACGCUGUAAAGAUUUAUGAAUUGACAAGGAAUUCAGAAUACAUUGCUGACUAUAUAAAAACUCUUCGGAAACUUCGUGAUGGAUGAUUGAUUUUUGUUCAAUUAAGAGUCUUCAUUUGGAUCUAUGGAUUCUACACUUUAUUGCAUUACUUGAAGGUGAUUGAUGAAUGAUGAUCAU